ACCUGCGCAGUGUCAACAGGGGGGCAAGCGAGCGGCAGUCGAUCCUCCGAUCCGGCCGACACGCUCGUCUGUAUCGAGCUGUCCUUUUUUAAAACCUUCAAAAACAUCAGACAAUCAAAUUCUUAAUUCAAACGUGAUACCUACACCAGUGACAAUUGAAUCGUGCAAAGUGGAAACGUUUUGUGUGGACCCCCAUUGUUCGAAAUCCGGAAUUGUGUUGAAAAGGACCUGAGAAACGCAAGUCACCGGACAGCCUCGUCAGAAUUUCGUCUACCUAUGUGAUGUUGGUUAAUUCUAGAUUUUCACCUGCAGCGGAAACGGCUUACGUAGACGGCUAGCGGUAAACGCCGUCCGCGCCGCACGCGAGUUCUUGUCCAUGUUGAGUAACCGUCAGGUUUCUAAAAAGUGCUUUCGACGCGUUUAAGAACACAAACAACUCGAAAACGUCGAAUUCGGACGUUACUACGGGUUCCGCGACAUCGCGGUCGCCUACGCGAAUACGUAAAGGUUGUUAUCCCGUUCCCGUUAGAAAGUUAUCUGAAUUGUAGUGUAGAUAGACAUGGACUGUGUGGAAGCGAAAGCACGGUAUUGAGAUUGGUAAACACUAAACAGUAAGCAUACAUGGACCGUGGAGUGUGAGAGGGUGCGUUGACAUCGUCGGGGAGGUGUUGUGUCGUGGUGGCGAGAUUGUGCAUGGCGCGAUGAUCAGCGGAGGUUGGGUGUGCGCGCUUCACGUGCGCACGGCGGGGCUCGGUGGCGCGGCCCUCGGCUCCGACGAGGAAGAGAUCGUGUACCUCGCGUACAUCGUCAUCGACGUUCUCUCCAACCAGGUGAUAGGAGAAAGAGAGUAUGCAGUUCGGCCGACACGGAGAGACGGCACGGCGGAAGAGCUACAGACUGGCCAGCCCUUAGAAGUAAUAGUUAAACAGUUCGACGACUUCGUGCGAUCUCUGCAAGUGGACCCCCACUCCCCCCUCUUCAGGCUUGUAACAGACGGACAACCCCCUCUGAGACAAUGCCUGCACCCCGAGGCGUGCAGCAAGGAGCUCACGCUGCCAGCGUACUACGCUCGCUUCCACGAUCUACGCAAAGAAUACGUGCGAGCGUACACGCUGCGAGCGGUCGCGCCGCGAGCGCAGGCGCCGCCGCCGCCGCCGCCGCCGGACAACCCCGCCUGUCUGCUGGAUAUGCUCAAUUAUUUAGGUAUACCUCCAUAUUCUGGAGACAACUUUUACAUUGCAGAAGUCAAAGACAUGGUCAGUGUGAUACAAAGGAUAAUAUCCGAUGGUUUCCGGUUAGAGUUGCCAGAGACUGUUGACUUAGUUUUAGAAACUGGAAUUUGCUCAAAAGACGAUGAAAUAGACGGCAACUGCAUCGUUCGCGCCCGCGGCUUGCCCUGGCAGUCGUCGGACCAAGACAUCGCAAAGUUCUUCAGAGGACUCAAUGUUGCCAAGGGCGGAGUAGCGCUGUGUUUGUCGCCGCAGGGGCGCCGUAACGGCGAAGCGUUGGUGCGGUUCAUCUCGCAGGAGCACCGCGAUAUGGCGCUCAAGCGGCAUAAACACCACAUCGGCCCUCGGUACAUUGAGGUGUACCGUGCGAGCGGCGAAGACUUCUUGUCCGUAGCGGGCGGCGCGACGUGCGAGGCGGCGGCGUUCCUGUCGCGAGGCGCGCAGGUCAUCGUCCGCAUGCGCGGCCUGCCCUACGACGCGCAGCCGCAGCAAGUUCUUGAAUUCUUCUCAACGGGUGACGACCCAGUGCAAGUGCUAGAUGGCGCUGAAGGCGUACUUUUCGUUCGGCGAGCCGAUGGCCGAGCCACUGGCGACGCCUUUGUGCUAUUCGCGAAGGAAGAUGACGCGCCCAAAGCGCUUUCGAGGCACAGGAAAUUAAUAGGAGCACGAUAUAUCGAAUUAUUUCGAUCUACUACAGCGGAGGUGCAGCAGGUGUUAAACCGGUCGCUAGAGACUCGCACAAGCACCGCCAGCACGCCGGCGGCGGCGCCCGCGCCCGCCGAGGGGCUGCUGCCGGUGGCGCUGGUGCCGCAGCACGUCAUCACCUCCGGCACCGCCAAGGACUGCGUGCGCCUACGCGGCCUGCCCUACGAGGCGCAGGUUAGCCUGCAGUCCAAGUGCAAGCCCAGAUACCUAACGUCCUCAGCGGCUCAGCCUGAGAGGUCGCUAGAGACUCGCACAAGCACCGCCAGCACGCCGGCGGCGGCGCCCGCGCCCGCCGAGGGGCUGCUGCCGGUGGCGCUGGUGCCGCAGCACGUCAUCACCUCCGGCACCGCCAAGGACUGCGUGCGCCUGCGCGGCCUGCCCUACGAGGCGCAGGUGGAACACAUACUGACCUUCCUGGACGAGUUCGCCAAGAACAUUGUGGUGCAAGGAGUCCACAUGGUUUUCAACGCUCAGGGUCACCCGAGUGGCGAAGCCUUCAUCCAGAUGGACAGCGAGGCCAGCGCGUAUUUAUGUGCGCAGCAGAAACACCACCGGUACAUGACCUUCGGAAAGAAGCAGCGGUACAUCGAGGUGUUCCAGUGUUCCGGGGACGACAUGAACCUGGUGCUGACGGGCGGCGUGACCCCCGCGACGUCGCCCAAGGUGCUUUCGCCCGGUACGUUGGCCCCCGCCCCGGCGCCGGCGCCUCGUCUGCUGGCACACCACAUCGCGCAGCAGAGCCUGCUCGCGCGACAGCACGAAAGCCUCCUGCUCGCCUCCCUCCGCCCCCCUCUCGUCCCUCUCCUCCCCUACGCCCGCCGCCCCCAACCCCCCACCCCGCACCCCCUCCAGCACCUCAUCCCCCAACAACAAGUCCUCCCGACCAAACGCUCCUACGACCACGCUUUCCAAGUCCAAACCGACCAAACCCCCGCCAAACGACAGUACACCGUCCCCCAACAAAUGACUCCGUCGCUAUCCCUCCCUAUGCUCUCCUACGCCACCUCCGCUCCCAUUUUCUCCUACGCCAACACCAAUCCGGUCCUAUCUACGUACCCGAGUCUCCCCACUGCGAUGCCCACGGCUCUCCCCGCGGGGUACGGGUCUCUCCCCACUCUUCCCACUAUGAGCACCCCCUUCCCCACUCUAUCCAUGUUCCCCACUUACCCGUACUACCCUGGACACGUCGAGUCCGCUGACGUAUUACUACCCGUCGAUGGGUCCGACACUGCCGCCGCCGCCGCCGCUGCUCUACUGGGGGUAUCCCACGCCGCCGGUGUCGCCGGCGCACUACUACCACCCGCCGCAUCAUCCGCAAACCAUGAUACCAGAGGUGGUGUCAGUCGGAGGAGGGUCGCCCCUCCCAAUCCCUCCCCCCACGGCGUGCCCCGAUUGGCCCAUCUACAUAGUCAACUAGGGCCGAAACAUUUCUGAAGUACGCAACGCAAAAAUCGUUUCCUCUGCCUAUUUUUUACUUGUAUGACGUGCUUAAAAAUAUUGGCGGAUAAAAAAAGAAAUACCUAAUUUAAUUUAAUAAAUUACAAUAAAAUUUAGAACUCGAUGAAAAAUAAAAAAAUAACGUUAUUUACAAACAUAUUAUGGCUCAAAAUUUAUAGUGAUAUUAUAAGAUAUAAUAAUAUAUUAUGAUAAUUUUUAUUCGAACAUUUAAUAAUAAUUGUUAUAAGUUAUUGAGUUUAUUCUUAUUUUGUUUUAUUAUUUUAUAACACGUCGUUUGUUGAUCUAUGAUGUAUUUAAAAACGAAUCUAAUAGUACUAGGUAAUAGUAUUCUAAAACGACUUAGAAAAAUAAAAAUCAUUUACUUAAGUUUAUCAUUUGUUACGAUUAGUUAACAUGAAACUUUUAUACUUUGUUUUUACAUAUUAUUUUAUGCAUAAUCAAUCUUCAUACGCAACAGGCUAAAAAAUUAGUUCCUUGCCAUAGUUUCAUAUCGCUUUCAAAUAAUAUCGUUACAUUAUAUUAUUGUUCUCACUAAUAAAUAAACAACGAAUUGAUACACAGUGAUAUAAAGGUGCUGUUGUUAAUUAAUUUUGUAGAAAUUGAACCAAAUAUGUUGAAUUAUGAAGUACUAUCACAUAAGACUAGCGUAGUGACAUAAGAGAUCGCUCAAUUAGAUGGUAACGUAGAAAUAGUGCGCAAACCAUUAAAAGAACUGUAUGCCAUAAUGAUUAAAAGUAGUUUUCGAGCAGUGCAAUGUUUCAUGCCAGUGAGCAAGCUCAUGCCGUGUCUGUACUGUUCAUAUUAUGCUUUUAAGUUCAAUCUGAUUGCUCAUUUAAUUAUUUUUUAAUUAUUAAGUUAUGUUUUCAAGCCAAACUUGACUAUGUAGUGUAUCUAGUUUGAGUAGCAAGUGUAUUCAUAGUAAAUUAUCUAGCAGGUUAGCGUUUGUUUAUGAGUUUUGAGGUCUUUUGGAUUCAAGUUACAUUUUGCGCUUUACGAUUUAUUGUAGUUAUCAUACAAAAAUUCGAUUACAAAAACUAAAUCUGCGCCAGAAUACGCUAAUCUGUAAGAGCUACUGCAGCGCCCCUGGUGGACGCAUGCAGAAACGUUUCUCUGCCAUUUACUUUGAAAUGUCGAAGAAAUUAGAUUUUUAGGCAUAAUAAUUACAUAUAAUUUAAUUGUCUAAAAACCUAAUUUGAAGGUAUGUUGUUUUUUGUGUUAAAUAUUAGUAAUUCUUGCCCAAAUUUUCUUGGCCAGUAGAAUAUUUUGGAGUCAAAUUUGGCUUGAUUUUAAAUAAUAAGUAGGUAAGUUUGAACUUAGUUGCUGCCUCGAAAAAUUAUUCCAUAGGAAACCUUUUCUGGUUAAUAUAGACUUUAUCAUCAUAAUACAUUUUAUAAAUGUUAGAAUAUUUCUAAUAUAUUUUAUGUUCUUUGACAUAUCAUAUUUCUUAUCAAAUUAAUCAUAUUAAAUAUUGUUAAACUAUGACGGAAAAUUUAAACACGCCCUAUAGCUUUUACAGGAGUAGUUUAAUUUAGUUAUUUCUCGUUAUCAAUCUGUUUCUACAAUUUAAUUUUAUUUUAUGUUAGCAUAUUAUGGUAUAUUUAAUUGGCAUAAUAACUAAGAUAUUAUGACAAAAACAACAAAAUCGAAAUGUCUUCCAAUUUUGUAAAAUAAUUUAUAUGAUAUAAUAAAUAUUAAUUAUUUAUUUAAGUUUGUCACAAAUUGUUGUGAUCAAAUAUUUAGCUAAAAUUUUAUAUUUUUAGUUUGAUUUAAGUUUCUAGAUUUUCUUUGUUUGUAUUGCCUAAAAAUGUUGUUUGACUAAAAAUAUUAUUUGUUGAAAAAAAAAACUAAAACGACAAUUAUUAAGGCUCUAUCACAAUAUUUAGUUUAAUAAAGUUACUACCACGCGGCCUAGCCGCUUGAUAUGAAUAUGAAUUUUCUCUACAUUUGUUAAAUUUUAAAUUUUCUAUUUUUAAGUUUGUACACCAUGACAUAUCCAUAGAAUUUAUUGCACUAACACACAAAAACCAAUUCGGUUAUAUUCACGACUAAAGAAACUGAAAUGUUAAAUAAUCUAAUUUUCUCAUUGAAUAAAUAGGGACAGAACAGAAUAAUUGCCUUUUCAACUAAAUUACCGAAAAAUAUAUUGUUGGAUGAAUACAGACGUAUAAUGUGUAGAAAAAUAUUCAUUUUAGUUUGACAAAUUCAAUAUUCUGCCACUAUUUCAUUCACUCAGAAAAGUAUAAUACAUUUCAACUUCCAUCAUUUUCUAUUGUUAUAGUAUAGAAAAUAUGAAAAACAGUUAACUAAUUUAUUUCUGGAUCUCUCAUUAAGUAAUAACAUAAAUCAUUAAUAGAUUUCUAUACCAAAUUCCUCUUAUCUUAAAUUUAUAAUAUCAAGAGUAAACAUUUUGCUGUAGACUUCAAGUUUUGUAAGAUUUUUAUACAUUUUACGAUAAUAUCAACAAAAUGUUUUAACUAAACGUGUUAUUUGAAAUCACUAUGUAGUUUUAGUUUCAUAAAUUGAGAAGUUAUAAUAUUAGUUAUUAGUAAAAUGCAUAAUUUUGCGAAAUGAUCACGAGCAUUCACAAUUUUUAAUUUAUUAGAGAAAUACUUAUACUUAGAUAUUUUCUCCCCUGCUUUUUAAGUUCAAAAUUAUUUUUCUUAUUUAUAGUGAAUACCUACUUAAGUUACUUUCUUAAAUAUUAAUCACACGUUGAAGUUACUCGAUAACAGCUCAUUUUAUUUAUAUAAUCGUUUGCUGUUGAAUUAUAUUGUUGAAGAUAUUAUUUUUGUUACUUUUAUAUUUUAUAUAAAAAUCUUCAUUCAGUGAUAUUCCGCUUGCAAAGUGAUCUUAUUGAAAAAUUGUUACCUACAUUCUAUUGUACGUUAUCUUUUCAUAGGUCUGUUGAUUUAGUCUAAAACUAUAAUUAUUGAUUAGUUUAAACGUAGUUUUAGUCAUUUAGAAUGUGCAAUUUUAGAAUAUAGUCACAGUUUCGAUUUUAAUGCCAAAACACUUUUGGUUUCAUAUCAUACAAAGUAGUAAAUGAAUAAAUAAAUUAGAUAAUUAUUA